AUGCAUAAAUUACAUUUUAUUAUUUUUAUUUUAGAUUUACAAACAAUUAAUAUAACAUUACGUAUUCUUUAUCGACCAAGAGCUGAACUUUUACCAAAAAUUUUUUGCAAAUUUGGUUUGAAAAUCUGUUGUACUAAGUCUCAAUUUGAUGCUAUUGAAUUGAUUACACAACGUACAUUUAUUUCUCAACGUGUUAGUGAAUUAUUAACAGAACGUGCUGCUCAAUUUGGUUUAUUACUUGAUGAUAUUUCAAUUACACAUUUAAGUUUUAGACCUGAAUUUACAAGUGCUGUUGAAUUAAAACAAGUUGCACAACAAUAUGCUGAAAAACAACGAUAUUUAAUCGAAAAAAACCAAGCUGAACAAAGUCGUCAAGCAAAUGUUAUGGCAGCAGAAGAUGAUGCUCGUGCAGCUGAUUUGAUUGGCAAAGCUUUAGAUGAAGUUUUUGUCGAACUUCGACGAAUUGAAGCCGCUGAAGGUAUUGCAAAUCAAUUAUUAAAAUCAAGAAAUAGCGUUUAUUUACCACAUGGUCCUCAACUGUUACGUAACAUUACUGGUGCUAUGCAAUAA